UUCAACACCCCAAUUCAUUGCUCGCAGCCUUUCCUACAUCCUCAUCUACAUAUAUAUCCAUCCAUCUCCCUCCUUGCCACACAUACAACUCCAGCUCCACCUUCAGAGAUACUAGCUUGUAAGAGAAAUGAAGGGUGGUAUCCAAUCUCUUCUCCUUUCUUGCCUCCUCUUAUCUCUGCUAGCGGCGGCCGCCUCCGAUGACUCCUCUGUCCAAAGUAAGUGUGCGCCGGAGUUUCAGAAGCUGACCGGAUGCCUGGACUUUGCUACUGCCAAGGCCAACUCGCCCUCGAGCCAAUGUUGCGGCUCGGUGACCGACAUCCGAAACAAAGAUGCAGUCUGCCUCUGCUACAUCAUCCAGCAGACGCACGCCGGCUCGUCGACCAUCAAGAGUCUUGGGCUCCAGUUCAAUAGGCUCCUCCAGCUUCCAGAGGCUUGCAAGCUAGCCAACGCCAGCGUCACGAACUGCCCUAAACUUCUAAAUAUAUCUCCAAGCUCGCCAGACUAUUCUAUCUUCAAUGGCACUACUAAAGCUACAUCAGCAUCCCCUAAUGCUACCCCUGCAUCUGGAGGAAUCAUGCAUCAGAACCGUUUUGAUGGUACCUUCACCAUUGCUGUGGUCUCCGCAAUCUACCUAUCCAUCUUCUGAAUAGGCUUCAUGCAUCAGAACAGCUUUGAUGGUACCGUCACCAUUGCUGUGGUCUCUGCAAUCUACCUAUCCAUCUUCUGAAUAGGAGCUUGAACCAAUUGCCAUGACUUACUCUUAUAUCCUUUGUGUGGAACAUUAAUGCCUGUUUUUGAAUGAGAUACAAUAUGUAACAUGUAAGAUCUUGUACUGGAUUUCUUUUCCAAGACUCUAUCAGGAAUUCUAACAAGAGCUAGCAUGCCACAAUUCUCUACCAACU